AUGGGUUUAUUAGCUCUCGGCACGCCCCUGGAUUGGCCAGAAGCCAAGCAAAAUGCCGAUCAGGUCCGCGAAUGGGGCAUCAAGGUCGAGUAUCUUGUGGUAACACACUCAAAAGAUGAUCCGCGCGUUCUUCUCUCCCUGAGGCAGGCAGACAUUCUUGAAGCCCUGGCUUCUGACACAAAGCUCACGGCGAAGGGUGGUUGUGUACCAGCCCUCCAAGAUGUAGCUGGAGCAAGUGCAAAUGAGCCCCUUCCCGUAUUCCAUCCCGAGUUCGGAAGAUUCAUGCUGGAAGCCACGCCUGGGAAGCCAUGGGGAAUUGAAUUUAGGGAACUUCUCAAGGUGGAACCAGACAUGAUCCUCAGACGAGCCAUCGCCAAGGAUCAUAUGAGGCCAGACGAGUUUCCCAUCACUCUCACGACGUUCCCCAGAAUAGGCAGUCCUGGGGUCUUCACCACGCCACACUACCCAGUCUCUGGGCCAAAGCUGCGCUCGCAGUUCGUGCCUGACGAGAUCGCCAACCCCCAUAUCCGCUUCCCGACUUUGGCUGCCAACAUCCGCUGGCGACGAGGCAGGAAGGUCCAGGUGAAUGUGCCGGUCUUUAAGGAUAAGAACACGCCCUGGCCGUGGAAAGACCCUACCGUGGAUUACGAUCUUCACAACUGGCCAGAGGACGACGACGUGAGGAAUGGUGCCGCCCCAGACAACUUUAUUCACAUGGACGCCAUGGCCUUUGGCAUGGGUAGUUGUUGUCUGCAGAUCACCUUCCAAGCCAAGAACAUCACCGAAGGCAGGAAAAUGUACGACCAGCUGAGUCCGCUUGGGCCCAUCCUGCUGGCCUUGACAGCAGCAACCCCCAUUUAUAAGGGCUUCCUGGCAGACACAGACGUCCGUUGGAACCAGAUCAGCCGGGCCGUCGAUGACCGGACACCUGAGGAGCUGGGCGAGAAGCCUCUACAAAAUGAUCGUUGGCGCAUUCCCAAAUCCCGAUACGCCUCAAACUCAACAUAUAUUUCUACCGACUCGCGUCUCCGGCCUGAGUACUUUGACCCGGACCUCGUCAUCGACGAGUCCAUCAAGCAAAAGCUCCUCGACGGCGGCAUGGACGACAGGCUGGCCACGCACUUCGCGCACCUGUUCAUCCGGGACCCCAUCGUCAUCUUCAAGGAGGACCUCGAGAGCCUAGACAUGAGCAAGACGGACCACUUCGAGAACAUCCAGUCGACCAACUGGCAGCACAUGCGCUUCAAGCCGCCGCCGGCCGACAACAACAUCGGGUGGCGCGUCGAAUUCCGCCCCAUGGAGAUCCAGGUCACGGAUUUUGAGAACGCCGCCUUCGCCGUCUUCAUCGUGCUCAUCACCCGCGCCAUCCUGUCCUUCGACCUCAACUUCUACAUCCCCAUCGUCAAAGUCGACGAGAACAUGGAGACGGCCCACCGCCGCGACGCCACCCUCAACGAGAGGUUCUACUUCCGCAAGAACCCCUUCACGUCGCGCUCGCCGCGCGCCAGCGGCGCCAACACCCCCAACGGCGGCGGCAUCAGCAGGCCGCCCACGCCGCUGGGCCCCGUCGAGGACGAGUACCGCCUCAUGAGCGUCAACGAGAUCAUCAACGGCACGGACGCGGCGAACGGCGGCGCGAACCCCAUCGACGACGACGACGACGACGGCCUGGACGCCGGCGAGAGCUUCCCGGGGCUGAUCCCCCUCGUCGAGAGCUACCUGGACAGCGUCAACGUCGACGUCGCCACCCGCUGCGAGCUGGCCACCUACCUCGACCUGAUCCGCCGGCGCGCGAGCGGCGAGCUCUGGACCGCGGCCAAGUGGAUCCGCCACCUCGUCGCCGGCCACCCCGCCUACAAGGGCGACAGCGUCGUGUCCGAGGAGAUCAAUAAGGACAUCGUCGGCGCCGUCAUCGAGAUCGGGGAGCGCGAGUGUUCCGGGAAGGGGUUCAAGGACCUGGGCCACGUGCCGGGCCUGGGCAACCUCCUGGGCAACUUUCGGCGUGGGAAGAGGUGUAGCUGA